GGUGCACAAUGAUCAACAAUACAGUAUGCAAAAGAACUUCCUCAAACCGUAUCAGUGGGAAACCAAUCUAUAAGAAAGCGAGGCCAAAUGUUAAACUGGAAGACCUUCCACAGGAUCUGCUGUGCACCAUUGUAUCAAAGUUGCCUGCUAAAGAAGUUUCAAGAGCUACUGUUUUAUCAAGCUAUUGGAGAUAUAUCUGUGGUAUUUGCUGCUACAAAUUAUGUUUCACUGGUGCUACUGGGUGUUGCCGUGAUACUUUAGAAAGAAAAGAAUACCUCCAGUGCAUCCAUAAAUUCAUCAAUAAUGUCAAUACAGCCGUGCAAAAGUGCCAUGCCAAGUUGGUUGAAGAGUUCAAUGUCAGAUUCGAGUUCGACGCAAUGCUGGUUGAUCAUCUAAAUAAUUGGGUUAAAUUUGCGGUAUCAUCACAGGCAAAGAGCAUAGUUUUCUAUUUACGGCCUAUUAACUUGAGACGCACGGAUGUAGAUCGCUACUUAUUUCCAUUUCACCUUUUGGAUAGUGGAAGCAACAUGUCUCAUCUACAGUGUAUACAGCUUAGCUUUGUAUCUUUCAGACCACCAUCUGAAUUCAGAGGUUUCCCAAGCCUGAGAAAGCUUGAUUUGCAGUUUGUCGAUAUCACUAUAAAGGAUCUUGAAGUUAUACUGUCCAAUUGCUAUAAUCUUGGAUGGCUCAGCUUAGUCAGAUGCUUCCUGAAUGGCGAACUAAAGUUGGAUCGUCCGUUGUCCCACCUUCGACACCUAACAGUUGUAUACUGUAAGGUGACCAGGAUAGAACUUCAUGUUACGAAGCUCGUUGCGUUUGUAUAUGAUGGUCCCAUUGUUCCUAUUGUUAUGGCUCAACAUUCGAAGCUGGAAAAUGCACAUAUACGAUUCUUCAAGGCAACUUAUCAAGAUGCUGUCAGUGCACUUCUGAAUGGUAUUCCGACCAUGCAAAAUCUGACUCUCCAGACUACUUUUCAAUAA